CGUCAGUCAGUGCCGUCAGUCCUCUCCUGCCGCGCCGGACAGCCCGGAACCUGCAGGCGGUUGCGGGCGGUGGGGCGUUCUCUCCUGCGAGUCCCCAGUGUGUACCCUGGUUAAUCAGCGGCUGGCGGGUUGUGUUGCGGUGGCAGUUUGGGUUUCAGUGAUUACACUAAUUCACCUGAUGAGGAAGUGUUGAAGUGGCAAACACAUGCCACUGGGGUAUUGGGCAACUCUGCUUCUAGGAAAAAAAAUGCUAUCUUGCAGUGUCUGUCAGUCAGCUGAUGUGAGCAAGGCCAUAAGGAUAUUCUGUGUGACUGAAGGACAGUGCUGCUGUUUCUGGAGUGACUUAUGAUGUCAAGAACUGUAUCAUCCUGGAUCUUCAGCUCAGCCAGAAAUGGCAUUGUUUUACAAGGAAAAGGACGUUUGUACUCCAUCUGUAUGCCAAACAGAAACAAGAUAAAAUGGAAGCUUGUUUUUUCCAAAACACAGCUGUACCCUCCUGGAAGCAGCAGUUUAGACCAUGUCUUCUCCUUAAAAGCAUUCCGACACACUUCUACUGAAGAAGAGCAUUUUUCUUUCCAGUUGUCUCCAUCACAAAUCAAUGAUAUACUCAGAGCAGGGGAAUUAUCCCAUAAAAUACUGACUUUCAAUGGUAAAAAUGCAAAUUCUGUGUUGAGGUUUGAAAGUAACCAGUUGGCAUCCAACACCCCUAUAGAAGACCGCAGAAGUGCAGCCACUUGUUUGCAGACCAAAGGGAUGAUGUUUGGGGUCUUUGACGGUCAUGCAGGUUCUGCCUGUGCUCAGGCAGUGAGUGACAGGCUCCUUCAUUAUAUAGCAGUUUCUCUCAUGUCUCGGCAAACCUUGGAAGAGCUUGAGCUUGCUGUGGAGUGCAUGAAACCAGUUCUGCCUAUCCUGCAAUGGCACAAGCAUCCUAAUGAUGUAGAGUAUCGAGAAAUAACUUCACAAUAUUUUGAAAACCUCCGGGUUUACUGGCAGCAUUUACUUGACCUAGACACUGAGCCAGGAUUCAGUUUAGAAGAAGCCAUGAUAUGUGCAUUCAAAAGGUUAGACUCAGACAUAUCAUUGGAAGUUCAGGCACCCCAGGAAAAUGAGCUGAUGAGAAAUGUUGCCCUUCAAGUAGCUUUUUCCGGUGCAACAGCCUGCGUAGCUCAUGUUGAUGGUGUUAAUUUACAUGUUGCAAAUACUGGUGAUUGCAGAGCAAUUUUAGGGGUUCAUGAGGAAGAUGGGACGUGGUCUACUCUCCCUCUGACCCGAGACCACAAUGCUGUUGAUGAGUUUGAAAUCAGAAGACUGAAAAGGGAACAUCCUGGAUCUGAGGAGAAAACACUAUUUGUGAAUGACAGGUUAUUGGGGAUUCUCAUGCCUUCCAGGGCUUUUGGAGAUGUGCAAUUAAAGUGGAGUAAGGAACUGCAGCAUAGUGUUCUUGAGAAUAGCUGUGAUGUUGAGGAUUUAAAUAUUUACCAGUACGUUCCUCCAAACUACCAUACACCUCCAUAUUUAACUGCAGAGCCUGAAGUCACAUACCACAAAUUAAGAAGCAAGGAUAAGUUUCUAGUUAUUGCUUCAGAUGGACUGUGGGAGAUGUUAAGUAAUGAGAAGGUUGUAAAACUUGUUGCUGGACACCUUUCAGAGCUUAAUGUGCAGAAACCACAACUGGCUUUUGAGAAACCGGUUAAUUUGGGUUACAUGCACAGUUUGUUACUUCAGAGGAAAAACAAAGGCAUUGCCUCACUUGACCAGAACAUAGCUACUCAUUUAAUAAGGCAUGCAAUUGGAAGUAAUGAGUAUGGGGAGGUGGACCAAGAGAAACUUGCUGCAAUGCUAACACUGCCUGAAGACCUUGUGAGAAUGUACAGAGAUGAUAUCACAGUUACUGUGGUGUAUUUUAAUACAGAAACAAUUGAAAAUUACUACAGAAACAGUAAGUAGACCCGCAUUGUUGCUGUUCUGUACCACAACUUUGAUACUGGAACCAUUUCUGUCUUUCUCCAAUAGUCAAGCUGUUACCAGUGUUGUGGUCUGAAAGUUUAGAAAUCUUUUGGUUACUUACUAGUCUUGAAAGUAACUUCCUAGAAGUGAGUUUGAAAGUUUCCUGGCUUUCCAGGUCUGUACAUACUGAAGAAAAGAGUUUUGAUAAAAAUUCACUGAAAUGUAACUGAACUCAAGAUUGCUGACUCAGUUCUGAUUCCAUGGGAACCACUGGUAAACCUUUGCAAAUGAACAAAAGAGAGAAAUUAUACUGAGACUGGUGCAGUUUAAGAGAUGGAUAAUACUUGUAGCUGCAUGGAGUAUAAGAAAGGCUCUGCUCUUGUGGAAAACGAAUAGUAUUUUAUUGAAGCACUGUAUUGAAUUAAAUAAACUAUCAAACCUCUA